UUCAGUUUCAACGUCCUUCAAAAAAGGGGCAUUCUUGUAUGUAGAAUAUUUCAGGAUUGAAAUGUUCUCUCGGACCGCUUACAAUACAAGAACAUUCUGAUGAUGAUUUCUUUUCUCCUAGCUGUGUCGAAUUUCUUUUUGUCAUUUGUGACUUUUUUCACAAUAACUUUACCUGUCAUAAUGAUAAUGAUGAAGAAGAACACCCUCCUCCUGCAGCACAGACCCUCUCAGGGGGCCAACCCUAUUGGCUUGCUUUGUGUUUUAGCCCUGCGGGCUAAUAGGAAGACAGCCAAGGGUUGUGACCCCGUCAGUUAUGUCACUCAGGAAUCAGGUGUUUGUAAAUCAUGUUUAUGUUUUGUGCUUUGUACCAUACUUCUACUUCAUUUCAAUAAAAUAUGCUAAAAAAAUGUUGUUAUACUGUCAGACUUUAUAUUUUUAAAUCCAUGUUCCAACACCCAAAAAACUCAUAAUUUGCAUUUUUUUCUUUCUUUUUUUACACUGAGCCAAAAGGCAUGUUUACACGAGGCAUCAGUUCUCUAAAAUAAUCUUGUGAAGAUUACUUAGCUUUCUUUGAAAAGCUUCUAUAUUUUAUGUUCAAAUAUUUAUAAAUGGUCUUAAAUUUUUUUUUUAAUAAAAGUACCUUGUUGCAACACAUGCACUAUACAAAUUGUAAAAUGUAUUCAAACACUCCACAGACGUGUAUUUGGAACGUGUCUGACUUUGUCAUUCCUAGAGCAGACUCUUGCCUAAUAUUGAUUGGCUUGUCUGUGUGGAGACGGGUGAAUGCAUUAGUACCCAGCUCACUCUGCCACUAGAAAUAUAUUAAGUUCAUGUAUUAGGCACCCUGUCUGGUUACCAUGGAGAUGCGCAGGGAGUGAGGGACCAGGGAGGAUAGGGGGCGGGGGGUGAGAAGGAUGGGAGACCGAGUGGGGGAUACAGGAUGUGAUGAGGCAGUCGACUUGAUUUGUAGUCCUGUUCCCUCUUCCUCCUCAGUCUGUCACUUAUGUCCUCUCCUGCCUCUUGAACCCUCCUUCCCUUUGUUCCUCCAUGCUUCAUUCUCAUUUUCUUUCUCAUAUUAUUUUGUCACUACUUCUCACAUCUUAACCCCAUAAGCAUAUGCAUAUGCGCCAUUGCUCUGAGCGCUCAUUUUUACAUUGAUGAUCCUUCUUUUGGUGGGGGGGGGCUUUUGCUCUCCAGCUCGCAAUUGCCACACCAGCAGUUAGAAUUGUAUUCUAUGUGCAUGUUUCUUUCUACUUUGUCUCUCUACUACAUGAGCAUUUAACUCCCUCUUCUUCUGCCCCUCUCCCCUACACCGCCGCCUCCCACCUUGGCUCGCUCCAUCAUCUGUGCUCUGCAGCAAAACUGGUGCAUUGAGGCAGCAGGAAAUCGGGGUAGACAAUAGAAUGCUGGGAGGUAUAGAGGGGAGUCUGUGAUGCUCUCCCUUCAAGCCAAAGCAUGCGGAGGAAACAUGAGCAGGACAUUUUAUGUCAUCUCAUGCACAAUUUUAUAUUCAAAGCUUUAUUUUUUUUUAAACCUGUGAAUAACAUAUAUGCUCGGAAUGUGUACAAGUAUGGUUACUACAAGCGCUGGAUUUAAACGAAAACAGGUCAUGAAGAAACAUUUGUUUUGAGGUUGUUGCUUCUGCUACAAAAUGUGUACAUCUGCUUUGCGUCUGGUGUGCGUUUGCUUGCUGUUCAGGACUUCUUUGAGCUGCUUUCAGUGCUUUGUGGAUGUUUCAGACAGUCUUCGCCUGUGUUGGGGUCACAUAGUGACUGAAAACAAUGUAAGAAAUGUUGACGCCUGCUUCAAGAAGCUGGACCGCAUAUUCAACUACCACGAGAAAGUAAUUGAGGCUGGAAGAGUGGGCAGAGGUUACGGAGAACAACUGAAAAAACUUCUGGAUGCAGAGAUCCUGCCUUUGGUGAAAGAGUUCAACGAAAAGCUGAACAAAGACACAGUGUAUGAGGAAAGGUUGCAGAGAGCCGCAGACAAUUUCAUUGCAGCUGCCUCCAAACUGCCUAGAGUCUCUGGAUGCUUCCCUCCUUGUGGUUUUCAGAGUGCAGGUGCAGUGUACAACUGUGUUACCUGCCAAUAUGACUCCUGUGAAUUCCCUCUCGACUGUCCAGUUAAAGACAUUAACGCAACAGAGAACAGCAGGAGCCAAAUGUGGUGCGAAGUGCCCUUCCACUUACCAGGUGAUAUUCAGGUGAUCUGGAGGGUUGCAGAAGAGGUGAAGACUCAGCAGGUGGAUCAGUUUAAAGAAGUGACAGCAGGGUUGGACAGGCUCUAUUCUAUCCCUUCAGCCAGCUUGCAGCAUCAGGGCACCUACCAGUGCGAGAUCUACUCGGGCCAGCGCUCCAUUGUCAGGCUUUACUUCUUUCUCACAGUGACCCCCGAGGUUUUGUUAGGCCACACAGAGCUGCAGGAGAUAUUCGACCUGUCUCUGCUCCCGGCAGGGCGGUUACUCCCUGAUCCUGGUGCUUCGCCCUGCUGCAUCCUCCUCUCCUUGCCUCUGCUUCUCACCACCUGUUUAACGGCUCUGUUCCUUCUGUUGUUCCUCUCCCUGGGGCGGAAGGGAUCUGAUUUUGAUUGGACCUUCAGCUGGUCUCAAGAAGACAAUGAUGGAGCUGAUGACUGCUACCCCUUUCUAUCACCUCAAUACAUCAGAAGCCACUGGACGAAACGUCUCUUUGUAUGACGACGACGAGUACGACUAUAAGGACGAGCAUGCUGAACUGAGACAGUCUCUCAACAUCAUGUCUCUCAUCGUUUACUGCCUGGCCUUUGUUCUUGGUGUGCUCGGCAACGGUGUGGUUAUCUGGGUGACCGGCUUCA